CUCUUCCCGCGCUUUUCGCUGCGCGGCGCGGCGGCGGCCGUUGGGGGGAGGGGCGGCCGCGCGCCUCGGCGCGGAACGUGGGGGGGGAAACGAGGUGGGCGCCCCCCGUGCGACCCCCCGUGCGCCCCCCCAGGCUGCUCCGUCUGCUGCAAAUCGACGUGGGCGCAGCUGCGGGAGAUCUGCCGGGCCGAGCGGCUGCGGUGCGCGGCGCUCGGCGUCACGCGGCGGAACCUCGGGGAGUUCGAGGUGGAAUAUCUGUGCGACUACAAGCGAGUCGGGGGCGAGGAGUUCUACCUGGUGAAGUGGAGGGGGUACCCCGACAGCGCCAACAGCUGGGAGCCCCGCAAGAACCUGCGCUGCCGGGGGCUGCUGAAGCAGCUGCACCAGGACCUGGCGCGCGCCCCGGGGGGACCGGUGAGACCCGGACCCCGAGGUUUGCCCCCCCGCGCCUCCUCGUACCUGGUGCAGAAAGCGGAGCAGCGGCAGGCGCUGCGGCGCUGGGAGCAGCACCUGAACAACACGCGCAGCCACCGCGGCCGCAUCGCCGUGGAGAAUGAGGUGGACUUGCACGGCCCCCCCCGGGACUUCGUCUACAUCAACGAGUACAAAGUGGGGGCCGGCGUCCAGCUGACGCCCGUGGCCGUGGGCUGCGAGUGCAGCGACUGCUUGGCGGAGGCUGCGGGCGGCUGCUGCCCCGGAGCCUCGCACAACAAGUUUGCCUACAACGAGGCGGGGCAGGUGCGCAUCCGGGCCGGGCUGCCCAUCUAUGAGUGCAACUCGCGGUGCCGCUGCGGCUCCGACUGCCCCAACCGCGUGGUGCAGAAGGGCAUCCGCUACGACCUCUGCAUCUUCCGCACCGGCAACGGGCGCGGCUGGGGCGUCCGCACCUUGGAGCGCAUCCGCAAGAACAGCUUCGUGAUGGAGUACGUGGGGGAGAUCAUCACCUCGGAGGAGGCGGAGCGCCGCGGGCAGGUGUACGACCGGCAGGGCGCCACGUACCUGUUUGACCUGGACUACGUGGAGGACGUCUACACCGUGGAUGCCGCGCACUACGGCAACAUCUCCCACUUCGUCAACCACAGCUGCGACCCCAACCUGCAGGUCUACAACGUCUUCAUUGAGAACCUGGACGAACGCCUGCCCCGCAUCGCCCUCUUUGCCACCCGCCCCAUCCGCGCCGGCGAGGAGCUCACCUUCGACUACAACAUGCACGUGGAUCCGGUGGACGCAGAGAGCACCCGCAUGGACUCCAACUUUGGACUGGCUGGGGGGGGCCUGAGCAGCUCCCCCCGCUCCCGGGGCCGCAUUGAGUGCAAAUGUGGGGCCGCUGCCUGCCGCAAGUACCUCUUCUGACCCAAAUUCACACCAGGGAGUUGCAAACACACGUGUUGAACGCAGCAGGGGGUCUGUGCCAUACCAUGGGAGAGGGGGACAGAGAGGGGGGGUCACGUCACGCGUGCUGGCGGCGCCAGACGA